AUGAGCGUGGCCACGGCCUUCCCAACGACCCAGGGCGUGCCCGCGCCCGGCCCGCGGUGCCUCGCGUGCGCGAACUGCACGGGCUUCGUCUUCCUGUGCCUCAUCGGCCAGCUGCUCGCGCGGCAGCCGCUCUACGUCGUCGGCGUCGACAACCCGAGCGUCGCGAGCAACAAAUGCUUCGGCGCCGCGUUCACCUAUCUUUUUAUCGUCGUCGUGUCCAUCGCGACGCUGGUCUACGACAAGGCCCGCCCCAAGGCCGCCGUCUCGUCGAACUACAGCGACAUGGGCCAGGACAUGAGCUUCCUCGGCAGCGACGCGACCGCCGAGCGAGACCGACGCCGCGCGAGCCGCGCGCAGGAGCGGGACGCGCUCGCCGGCCUCGAGAUGCAGAGCAUGCCGACGAAGUCCAUGCUCUAG